CCGGGUAGGGCGCGGGGUUGAUUGAGGAAUGCAAAAAGCAGAUAGGAAAAAAUAGUGAAGAAAAUGAAAAUUCAAAAUCAGGAAAAAUGGCCCACGUCACCUCUGUCUCAACUCGGCACCUUGACUCAGUACUCGACUCACCCUUCUCCUUCUUUCCACCGCUUCCAUCACCCAUCAACCCAACCCAUCCCAGCACUUACCGACCCGCUUUCUCUAAACUCCUUUUCUCUGCAAACCCUUUCUCUCUCUUUCGUAACCAUCCUCGUCUUCUGGCGCUCCUUCCCACCCGUCUUCUUCUUCCUCUUCCUUCUACGUGCUCAAGCCGCCUGGCGUGCACUUUCGGCUCUCCAGCAUUCGCACGCACUAUAUCAUGACCUCCAUCUGCUUUCACUUCCCCCAUUGUAUAGGCGUUCCUUUGAGUGCGCUGUGAAUACAUUUGUUUGGUUUGCAAUGGCUGCGUUCAAUCCACCCCCGCCGCUCUCGGGAUUUCAGGUAACUUUUGAUUCGUGACUCCCUGUUUCGCAAUUUAUGUACGUGUUAAUAUGCUUGAAAACCACUUUUUUGAAAUUAUUUGAAUUUCUGCGUUCAAUUUUUAGUGUAUGAUAUGAAUCCAUUGGAUUUUGAGUUUUUUUUGUCAACUGAAAUUUGCUAGGGUUUGAGUUGAUCAUAAAGUUCUGUUCUGUUGCGUAAUUUUGCUGGGGUGCGGUUUGUUUUGGAUUGAUAUCAGCUUGAAUGGCUAUAGAAAAGAAUUGUUUCAAGUCAUCCAGAUUGGACUCGGAGCUUUCUUCACACAGCAAGGAAGUUGUGAUGUCUAGUGACGAGGAGUUGCUGAGGUAUAAUACGAAUUCUGGUGGAGUUGAAACUGAGGAUGAUGAUGAUGAUGAGGAGUUUGAUGAUUGUGAUUCAGGGGCCGGAUCAGAUGACUUUGAUUUGCUGGAAUUGGGAGAGUCUGGGGAGGAAUUCUGUCAAGUUGGGGAUCAAACAUGUAGCAUUCCUUUUGAACUGUAUGAUCUCCAGGGAUUGGAUAAUAUCUUGUCUAUGGAUGUCUGGAACGAUGUCUUGAAUGAGGAAGAAAGAUUUACUCUCACACAGUACCUUCCCGACAUGGACCAAGAAACUUUCAUGAGGACAUUGAUAGAGCUUCUGACAGGUUGCAACUUGCAUUUUGGAAGCCCUCUUAAAACUCUCUUCAACAUGUUGAAGGGAGGAUUGUGUGAACCCAGAGUGGCGCUUUAUCGACAAGGGUUGAUAUUCUUUCAAAAGCAUCAGCACUAUCACACCCUCAGGAAGUAUCAGAAUGUGAUGGUCAAUAGUUUCUGUCAGAUUAGGGAUGGAUGGCAAAACUGCAGGGGAUAUAGCAUCGAGGAGAAGCUUCGUGUUUUGAACAUCAUGAAGACACAGAAUAGUUACAUUUCUGAGAAGAUGGAAGAGAUGGAGGAGAGUGAUGAAUCUGAGAGAGAGGGAUCCGGUGAUGCUUCUUUUUGGAGUAGGAGAGUGAAAGAUCGAGCACAUGGACAAAGGUCAUCAAUGGAGUUCCAAUAUCCUCAUGGAAAGCAAAUUUCUGUAGAAACUGCAAAGUUUGGAAAGCAAAGUUCUAAAGGAGCGUUGAAGUUAACUGGGGGGACAAGAGGUUCUACUAUCAAAGAGUUUUCUGGAAGCUUCCCAUCCGUUCAUCAUGAGAUGGACAUUGAACCUGGGUCAUAUGGAGCACUACCUCUUUCUCAUCACAUGCGAGAUCGGUUAUUGGGUGAUGAUGAUGAAGGAAUGUAUGAAGUGGCUGUUCAGAGAAAUAAAAACUUUUCUCGAGCUGGGCUGAAAGAUAAAGUCAAGAUGGUAAAGAAACGUGAAGCAUUGAGAGGUGAAGAAGAGUACUUUGAUAGUUUGACUGGAAGUCGAAUGCCGCACAUGAGAAAAGAUUUUUAUGGCCCUGGCAGGAAAAAGACCGUGAAUCACUUGUUUGAUAGCAACAUGUCCAGCAAAACCUCGAAUGCUAGAGGAGGAGCUGUUUUAGAUCUGGGAAAUAAGUCUAACUAUGUUGAGAGUCUCCAGAAAUAUCCAUUUGAGGACAAUAUGAUUUAUGGGAAAGGCCAGAUUCCAAAUCCAUCUCUGAGAGGAAGUCAAGUGGAAUUAGCUGAUGAAAGUGAAACGAUUUGGCCUGGGAAUGGACAACAGAACCCUAAUUAUUUAUGCAACCAAGCCCAGCAGAAAUAUGGCGAUUGGAAUUAUGAAAGAAAAAAGUAUAAGAAGCAUCAAGAGCCUUCUGACUUCCAUUCAGGGUAUAACAAUAGAGCACAGCAGCCAUUUCAAGAGAAGUUUAGGGCAUCUAUACCCAUUGAUCAACGAGGUUUGGCUGGGUCCAACAAAGAAAGAAGGGCAAUUCUAAAAAAUGAAGAUACUGAAUCUGAUUCCUCAGAAGGAAUCAAUGAAGAAGAUGAAGAUUAUUGUAACAAUCCUGUGCUAAGGAGCAAGUUGGCAUUUCCUUGUGAUAUGAAAUCUGGCUCAGAAACUAGGAAGGAUAAAUUUGUUAAGAAAAACAAGAAGGGUGGUUUUCAGUCUUCUGAUUUUGAUGAAGCUAUAUUAAGCACACCAAAAGAAGGGAUGGAUCUUGUUGUCUCUAGGAGGACAGUGAAGAAGGGUAAGAUGGCUGUUGAUUAUGGGCAUGUGAAUAUUUUAUCUGCUAAAGAGUUGGAUGAGAACUACUUAAGGGGCCAUGCUCGUCAUUACAUUGGUGAUAAUGAUGAGGAUGAUGACCAACCGAUCUACAAGUUAGCAGCAAAGAAUGGACGUAUUAAAGGGGCAUCAUUGAAAGGUGAUUUUGGGGGUCCCCAGUCAAAUGGUAUGCUUGAAAUGUACGGUGUUGAUCUUCAAGAAAGAUCUGAGUUACAGUUAAUAGGAUGCAGUUCUACAGUGAAGAAACGGAAAAUCAAAGAGGGCGUCUCAUUUAUUGAUGAGCAAGCUGUUGAUAAUAAUGAUUAUAACAAUGCACAGCAAGCUGAGGACAUGAGCUCCUCAAAGAAGCAGCGGGGAAAGAGAAAAUUGGAGAGUGAUUCAGAAAAAGGUAUCAUCUUUGAGCCACUGCCACUGCCAUUGGACAUCAUUACUAGAGAGGAAGACAAUGCUGUUUAUCAUCAUCCAGAAGUCAUACCACUGCAGAAAAAACCAUUCAUUUUGAUCACACCAACUGUCCAUACUGGCUUUUCCUUCUCCAUCAUCCAUCUUCUCUCAGCAAUUCGGAUGGCUAUGAUCACAUCCCUACUCUUAGAAGAUUCUCUGGAUGUUGUUGGCAAGAAUGGUGACCAACAAGCGGAGUUGGAUGCCAAUAAAAGCUCCCUUUCUCCUACUCAUGAAACGAGGGCUGCCCCAUCACUAGCGAUUCAAGAAAUCGUCAACCGAGUAAGAUCCAACCCCGGAGACCCCUCCAUUCUUGAAACCCAAGAACCUCUCCAGGAUCUGGUUAGAGGGGUCCUCAAAAUAUUAUCGUCCAAAACAGCACCUUUAGGGGCAAAGGGGUGGAAGCCGCUUGUUGUUUAUGAGAAACCGUCAAAGAGUUGGUCUUGGGUGGGUCCCAUGAUACAUCAUGAGGCCUCAAUGGAGGAGGAAGUCACAUCUCCAGAAGCUUGGGGUAUUAACCAUAAAAUGCUUGUGAAAUUAGUCGACUCGUUCGCCAACUGGCUGAAAAAUGGUCAGGAGACUCUCCAACAGAUUGGGAGUCUACCCGCCCCUCCUUCCUCAUUGGCCCAAUAUAAUCUAGACGAGAAAGAGCGGUUUAGGGAUUUGAGGGCACAAAAGAGUCUCAGCACCAUUACCCCAAGCUUAGAAGAUGUAAGGGCUUAUUUCCGGAAGGAAGAAGUCCUUAGGUAUUCUAUCCCAGACAGGGCCUUCUCUUACACAGCACUCGAUGGGAAAAAGUCGAUCGUGGCCCCGUUGAGAAGGUGUGGGGGGAAACCGACAUCGAAAGCCCGGGACCACUUCAUGCUCAAAAGGGACAGACCCCCACAUGUGACAAUUCUGUGUCUGGUGCGGGAUGCAGCUGCCCGGUUGCCCGGGAGUAUCGGGACGAGGGCUGAUGUCUGUACCCUGAUAAGGGAUUCACAGUACAUCGUUGAGGAGGUAUCGGAUACGCAGGUGAAUCAGGUGGUCAGUGGUGCUUUGGACCGUUUGCAUUACGAGCGGGACCCAUGUGUGCAGUUCGAUACGGAAAGGAAGUUGUGGGUGUACUUGCACCGAGAUAGGGAGGAAGAGGAUUUCGAGGAUGAUGGGACUUCAUCCACAAAGAAGUGGAAAAGGCAAAAGAAAGAAGAUGUUAUUGACCAAGGAGAUGCUCCUGCUGCUGCGAUCACCAUUGCUCCUUAUAAUGAUGAUGAUGAUGCCCGGGAUGCUCUUCACGGUGAGGAGGAUGGCAGCAACAACGUUAUCCACCAAGAAGCAGUGGCUCCUCCAGAUUUUCCAGGAUCAAGUAGUUUGAUGUGUCAGGAGAAUUCCACGAUUGACAAUUUUGAUGACAAUGAUGAUGAAACAUAGAGAACCAACAUUGCUUAAAAUGAGAGUAUGUACAGCUUAUCUGGUCUCAUUAUAUGCUCUUUUUUGUUACAUUUCAUUGUUUUUGUAUUAAUUUUUAAUUUGGGAUUCCCCAUGCAGUUUUCAGGCUGUGUAAUGGAUGGAUAGAAUGGAUGACACACUAUUCAGCAUAUUAUCGUAGACAUUCAUUGACUGCUACAGAGAACUUAUUUUGCUACGCCUUUCGCACGUAAAGAAAUUAUGUAUAUUAGUGAUGCAUGCAAAUGUUCAAACUACAGUAGCAUUCUGAAUAUAUUAUCAUCUUGGCGGAUGACACAGUUACUACAGUAAUAAAAGAGUAGGGCUUCACACCAUAAUGAACUCCAAUGAUUAGGCAACAUCUUUUGGUUUCGCCAAUGUAUGAAAGUUCGCUUCAUACUACCUAGCAUGUAUUAAAAAUGUAUUCAUGAAAAGAACGGUUCAUAAUGGUGGUGAUUGCAUCUAAACG